AUGCCUCUUAUGUCGCGUCGCCGCAGUACUCUGGACAACCUCUUGAACGACAUCCGUAGUAAUACUCAGGAAGAUGCUGCCGCCGCAACUUCUGGCUAUGCCACCCCGGUACCCAACACCAGCCGUCCCAUGAGUGCUCAAGAGCCCAUCUCUCCCAUGGAUGUCCUCAGUCUUGGUCCNCCGUCUCCGCCCGUCCAGACUGCUACCCCAGCCACUGCUCGCUUUAGCAUGAUGCGAUGGAGGCACUUCUCCGACGGGCAGCUCUCAGCCAAGGCAAAGCUGCAAGCUGAUGCAGACAAGACCCCUCCUGUGCCUCAGGUCCCACUCCAACAUCAGUCGCAAAGUAUGUAUACCAAUCUCCGCCGUUCCGUCACCCCUGCUUAUAGCUAUCCUCCAGCUCCUGUGCCAAACCCUCAAAUCAUCACCACUGCCCCGACCAUGGAUGAACACAACCAUCCUGUCCAUCGCCCUAGAAAAUCAAAGAGUCCGUUCAAGCGUCAGAUCUCUAAGCUUAGCCCAGCGAAACGUCGAGAAUCCACCGAAGACCACCGACCUUGGCGCAGAGGCCGCUCUGUAGACAUCGACCGCCUCGUUCCCGAUGCUGUCGCGCCUCCACCCUAUGGCGAUGAAUCCAACUCAGCUUUGGCACUGCCUGUCACUCGUUUGUCCGACUCAUCUGGAGAACAACGAAGUUCUGGAGAACAUGUCACCUAUGCUACGACCACCACCACUCAUACUAUCUCCACCACCACAACCCUAUUCAGAUUGCCACGCCGNCAACAAAAAGAACAAAUCUCUAUUCCCAUUGCCUGA